AUGAGCCAAAAGAAUCGUGGUCCUGGUCCGGCGGCGUAUAUGCUGCCUACCGAAGUUGGAUAUAAUCAACAUGAUCCUCGAAAAGAUCGAAAACCGAUGUACACGAUGCGGCCUCCUGCUAAAUUGAACUAUCAAACACUCGGUCCUGGACCUGCAACAUAUGACCUUAAGAAGCAAACAAGAAUAGGAGGUCCUCGAGAUCCAAUAUACUCGCUCGCUGCUAGGCUGAAAGAAAUGAAGCAAGAACAAAUCCCGGGACCGGGAGCGCACAACAACCAUAUCGUGCCAACUAUGAAAUGCAAACGUCCCCCGAUGUAUAGCUUCGGACAGCGCUUGGAUGUUGCCAACAAGGAUGUAAGUCCAGCAGCGAACCGGUACGAUGGGCUCGUUUACAUGAUUCGUCCGAAGGCACCGUGCUACUCAAUGAGAGGACCCACGAAGCAAAUCCAUGCUCUAGAAGGACCAGGUCCGGCCGGGUAUGGGCCAACCUCACGCAAUGUAACGCACAAGCGUUCUCCGAACUAUUCCUUGCGAGGAGGCCAUCCUUGCUUCACGGAGCGAACGCCACAUCCUGGUCCCAAUCGAUACGGUCUGAUGAACCUGCGCAUGGACACAACUGCACCAAACUACAGUUUUGGGAUCAAGCAUCCGGACUGGAAGGAUCCAAUGAUUAUUCCUGGUGAUAAUUGCUAGAAGCUUGAAGAGAAUUGUUAGACAUAUUACAACGGUUGUUGAAAUUU